CACCACCAGCAGUUCACCAGCGCAGCAGCAGCGGAGCGCCCCCAACCAGAAAGAGAAAGAGGCAGGCAGCACAGCCGAGCCAACCAACUAACCAACGGACGGAAGAGACCGCCGCGAAGCCUCGCCAAUCCGGCCCCCUUCCCUCCUUUUCCUCUCCCGCCUACUUGGGAUCCGCUCGCGCGAUCCCGCCGCCGAGACUCGAGCUCCGGCCGGCGCAUGGACCCCCGCCGUCGCGCGGAUCGCGCCGAGUAGCGGGAGGUAGAGGUGGCAGAGACGCCGGCGCCAAGGGGCGAGGCGGGCAUGGACACCAACGCCGGCUCCUUCGUCGCCGUCCGGCGGCUCGCCGGCUCCGACCGCGCGGCCGGCGCCGUCGCGUUCCAUCACUCGUCCUCAGGUUGGCCCUUCUCCGACUUCUCUGUCUCCUCUUCGCCAAUGGAUGCUUACCUUACGCUUCGAGUGUUCGCGUGCGCUGCUGCAGCGGAGGUCGUGACCGGCUCGACGGCAUGGAUAGGGAGGGGGCUCUCCUGCGUCUGUGUGCAGAGUAGGGACAGCGACGCCCGCCUUUCCUUCGAUUUGACUCCCGUUCAGGAAGAGUGCCUACUGAGGUUACAGAACCGGAUAGAAAUUCAGUAUGAUAGUUCAAACAUAGAGCAUCAGGAAGAACUGAAGGCCCUUUGGUGCGCCUCCUUUCCUGGAACUGAGCUUAGGGGCCUAAUAUCGGAACAAUGGAAAGAGAUGGGCUGGCAAGGGAAAGAUCCAUCCACGGAUUUUAGAGGUGGAGGCUUCAUCUCCUUGGAGAAUUUAUUGUUCUUCGCCAGGAACUAUCCGAAAUCUUUUCAGGAACUUCUUCGUAAGCAGAAUGGUGACCGUGCAAUUUGGGAGUAUCCAUUUGCGGUAGCUGGUGUAAAUAUAACAUUCAUGCUCAUUCAGAUGCUUGAUCUACAAGCAGUCAAACCAAGGUCAUUGUUGGGAGCUGUUUUCCUAAAGCUACUUUCAGAAAAUGAUCGAGCCUUUGAUAUCCUGUACUGCAUAACCUUCAAGCUGAUGGAUCAGCAAUGGCUUGACAUGCAUGCUACUUACAUGGACUUCAAUACAGUCAUGAAAUCCACACGACGGCAGCUAGAAAGGGAGCUGUUGAUUGAAGAUAUUCAGCGGGUUGAGGAUAUGCCAUCGUACAAGCUUCUAGCCCGCUAGCUAGUAACUGAAACCUUAACAUGGCUUACAUGUCGCCGCGAGGCUUGAAUCGCUGAACGAUGCAGCCAGUGUCCUUAUACAGCGAGAGAAUUCCAAGAUGUAGAUGCCCCUGUAUCUUGUUGCGUUUUAGGUACUCUGAUAACCCGGGCUCUCAUGUAUUUACAUAGUAGGGUUUUCUUGGCCAGCAUGUCACGUAGGGUGACUCCAGUAUCCGACCAACUACCAGGAGGGCAGAGUAUUUGUAGGGUGUGUGUGUGUGUGCUGUUAAAGUUUGGUUAUUGCCCAUAAUACCACGGAAUGUAGUCCUUGUCUCUGUCCUUGUAACCAGGAGCCUCUUGUGAAAGCUAAUCUGAGUGCGCAGCAACUACCAUAGCUGUUGUUGCUAGUCUCCAGCUGAUACA